UGCUAAUGUUAAAAUUUGACAGUUUUUGAAUAUUUCUGUUACUUGUGUUUCUAACAAGACUUGCCAGUUACUAGACGGGAAGAUUUUGUGCCAGCCAACUCUUACAGGAUACUGCUGCUCUGUUCACAUAGUGUUUGGGGAGUGAAAAAGUUCUCGUACACUUCCAUAAUCUUGUAAUAAUACAACUUGGCAUGGGAAUUGUAAGUGUUUCGAGCUCAGCUUCUUGGACACCACUAGGAUUCAGCACGAAAUUUUCAACUUGUAGAUCUACGGCAAAGAGGCCAUUGAUUGUGGCAUUUAAAGCAGACAAAUCCAACGAAACAGCUUUGGUUGCACCCCACGAGCAAAUCCCAUUGCCCAUAGAAACAACAAAGGAGAAGAAGAGACGUGGUAAAAGCAAAAAAUCUUCGGAUCGAUUAAAAGCUGUCCGUACUGAAGUUUCUCCGUGCACCUUGGGAGUGGAUUACAAUGAAGCUGCUGCGAAACUUGAAAACAUAUACAAGCUUAGCCCUGGAACUGACACUUCUGAUGUGGAAGAUGUAAAUGGUGUGAUUAGGAGAUGUAGGCAACGGAAAAGGAAGACUAGUGAAUGUGAAAAGGAAGAUGACGGUAGAACUAGCAAAAUAAUCGUAAGGAACCAGGCAAAGAAGGCUAAACGAUUGAGUCUUCAGAAAAGAAUUGCACUGAGGAUCAAGAGUGAUGAAAAAUUGGUGACUUCAGUUGGGAAGAGAAAAGGUCGAAAGAAUGAAAAUGAAAAGAUUGAUGAACUUGUGAGGGAGUAUUCUUCUUCAACUGAUUUGGCCAGCUUGGACUGGAAAAAAAUGAAGAUCCCCCCAGUCCUUACUUCAGCAGAGCAUGCCUGGUUAUUUAAGUUGAUGCAGCCUAUGAAAGCAUCCCUUCAAGUGAAAGAGCAUUUGCAAGAAAAUUCGGGGAGAGAACCAACUGAGGGUGAAUUAGCUGAGGCAACAGAUAUGGAUGUGCUCCAAGUGAGAAAACAAAUAGAGGUUGGUCGAGCUGCAAGGAACAAACUUAUUAAGCACAAUCUCCGGCUUGUAUUGUUUGUGAUCAACAAAUAUUUUCAAGACUAUGCAAAUGGGCCAAGAUAUCAAGAUCUUUGUCAGGCAGGAGUGAAGGGACUUAUGACAGCAAUUGAUCGCUUCGAACCCAAAAGGAGAUUCCGGCUCUCCACUUAUGGGCUGUUUUGGAUUAGACAUGCCAUCAUAAGGUCCAUGACACUCUCAAGCUUUACACGUGUUUCGUUCGGCCUGGAAUCGAUAAGAUCAGAAAUCCAGAAAGCAAAACUUGAAUUGUGGUUUCAACUGCUAAGGAAACCAACGGGGGAAGAGAUUAUUGAAAAAGUAGGGAUCUCCAUCGAGAGGUACCAUGAAGUGAUGAGGGCCUCAAAACCUGUUUUGUCUCUCCAUUCGAGACACAAAACAACGCAAGAAGAGUUGAUUAGUGGAGUUGCUGAUGUCAAUGGAGGUGAUGACCGGAGGCAAUCAGCUCUUCUCAGGCUUGCUCUUGAUGAUGUGUUUCAAUUCUUUGUCAGAAACAAAUAUCUAAUCUCUGAAAACCCUCUCCAGCUAGAUUCAUUAAAACCAAAGGAGAGCCUGGUGGUCCGUCAGAGAUUCGGACUGGAUGGUAAAGGGGAUAGAACAUUAGGAGAGAUUGCUGGGAACUUAAAUAUCUCAAGAGAAAUGGUCCGGAAGCACGAAGCUAAAGCACUCAUGAAGCUCAAGCAUCCAACGAGAGUGGAUUAUCUUUGCCGCUAUGUUGUCUGAAUUGAUCGGCAUCAUAAGAAGUCUCUGCCUCUUGAUGACUCCUCAUCACCAGCCAUUGUUGCAUACUAAUGAUCUGUAUCAUGGACAUUUUUUAACCACGUGAAAACAGACAAGAUCUCAUAUCAUGUAAUAUGUAUUUUUUACAGAACUUGAGAUUUCAAAUCACCACAUAUACAUGUAAUCUUGUCUCUCCUAUAUAAUACAAUGAUGUCUUACACA